AUGAAGUCUUUGAAAGACAUUUUCUUUCUACUCCUCGCGAUCGUGUUUACACACGGCGUGUAUGUUGUAAAGGACGAAUGUCCUACCAAUGAGGAGUAUCUUCUAUGUGGCUCUUCUUGUCCUUUUAAUUGCUCUUCCCCACAAGGGCCGGUGGAUUGUAUCGACGACUGCGUGGAAGGAUGUUUCUGUAAAGCUGGCUUUUUGAGAAGUGAUAACGGGACAUGUGUUGAGGCGGAACAGUGUCUCGAUGGAAAUACAUCAUGCGGUGAAAAUGAGGAAUUCCUUCAGUGUGGAUGUGAUGCCACCUGUUCCACUCCAGAACCUGGGGAUUGUGGGUGUUCUGUGGGGUGUUUCUGUAAAGCUGGCUACGUGAGGGACGAGGCGAUAAAGAAAUGUGUUAGACUGGAUAAUUGUACUGCGGAACAGUGCUUCAAUGAAAACGAAGUGUUUGAUAUAUGCAGUGCAGCGUGUGAACCGACUUGCGAUGAUCCAGAACCUUUUUGCGCUAAAAUCUGCACCUCAGGCUGCGUAUGCGCAAGUGGCUUACUUCGAGAUUUAAACGGUACUUGUGUGAGCGUAGAUAAAUGUCCUAGGACGAAUGGGACCAUACCGGGACCUCUAGGAAAGUACUUUGAUACUAUUAGCAAAAUUUUACAUUUGUCUAUAGUUUAA